AUGUAUGUCAUUAAGAGAGAUGGAAGGCAGGAAUCUGUCCACUUUGACAAGAUUACCGCGCGUCUGAAGAAGCUUAGCUACGGGUUAAACCCGGAGCAUUGCGAGCCUGUGCUCGUUGCGCAGAAGGUGUGCAUGGGGGUGUACAAGGGAGUGACCACGAGUCAGCUUGAUGAAUUGGCUGCGGAGACUGCUGCUGCCAUGACCGUCAACCAUCCAGACUAUGCAAUCCUGGCGGCGAGGAUUGCUGUCUCCAAUUUGCACAAAAACACCAAGAAAUCCUUCUCUGAGACUGUGAAGGAUAUGUAUCGCCAUGUGAACGCCAGAUCUGGUUUGAAGUCGCCUCUCAUAGAUGAUGACGUGUACGAUCUUAUCAUCAAGAACGCGGCUCUUCUGGACAGCGAGAUAAUUUAUGAUCGGGACUUCGAUUACGACUACUUCGGCUUCAAGACACUGGAGAGAUCAUAUUUACUGAGAGUGAAUGGGAAAGUUGUGGAGAGACCGCAGCACAUGCUUAUGAGGGUGUCGGUCGGCAUCCACAAGGAUAAUAUUGAUGCAGUCCUAAAGACGUAUCACACAAUGUCUCAGAGGUGGUUCACUCACGCAUCACCGACCUUAUUCAACGCAGGAACUCCCAGGCCACAGCUGAGCAGUUGCUUCCUUGUAUGCACCAAAGGCGACAGCAUUGAGGGUAUCUACGACACUCUGAAGGAGUGUGCUGUUAUUAGCAAGUCAGCUGGUGGAAUUGGUUUGUCAGUUCAUAAUAUCCGUGCUACUGGCAGCUACAUUCGUGGCACAAACGGGACUUCUAAUGGGAUCAUCCCGAUGUUGAGGGUAUUCAAUGACACAGCUCGGUACGUCGACCAGGGUGGCGGCAAGAGGAAGGGCGCUUUCGCUAUCUAUCUGGAGCCGUGGCAUGCCGAUAUAUUCGAUUGGCUGGAUCUUAGGAAGAAUCAUGGGAAGGAGGAAAAUAGGGCUCGAGAUCUAUUCUAUGGUCUGUGGAUUCCAGACCUUUUCAUGAGACGUGUGCAAGAGAAUGGCGUAUGGUCUCUUUUCUGCCCCAAUGAGGCUCCAGGACUGGCAGAUUGCUGGGGUGAAGAGUUUGAGAAGCUCUACACCCGUUACGAAGUUGAGGGUAAGGCCAAAAAGGUCGUACAAGCUCAAAAGCUUUGGUUUGCCGUUCUGGAGGCCCAGAUUGAAACGGGGAAUCCGUACAUUCUCUUCAAGGAUGCUUGCAACAGGAAAAGCAAUCAACAGAACCUCGGGACCAUCAAGUCAUCGAAUCUCUGCACUGAGAUUGUGGAGUUCACAAGUCCAGAUGAGACCGCGGUUUGCAAUCUGGCUUCGAUUGCCCUACCUCGGUUUGUUCGAGAGCGGGGCGUACCUAUGGAUUCACAUCCAACAAAGGUCAUUGGAAGCAAUGGGUACGAGAGCCGUUACUUCGAUUUCGAGAAGCUUGGGGAGAUCACUUCGCUGGUCACUCGUAAUCUAAACAGAAUUAUCGAUGUAAACUAUUACCCCGUCGAGGCUGCGAGAAGAUCGAACAUGCGCCAUCGUCCUAUUGGUCUCGGAGUGCAAGGCCUUGCUGACGCCUUCAUUCUGCUUGGCAUGCCAUUUGAUUCUGAAGAGGCCCAGAAGCUCAACAGAGAUAUAUUUGAGACCAUAUACUACCACGCACUGAGGACCUCAUGCGAAUUGGCAGCAGAGGAGGGUGUCUACGAAACGUAUGAUGGAUGUCCUAUUAGCAAGGGACUCCUUCAACCGGAUAUGUGGGAUGUCAAGCCCUCCUCAAGAUGGGACUGGGAUGCUUUGAGACGCAUGAUUGCUAAGAACGGUGUGCGUAACUCUCUUCUUUUGGCUCCCAUGCCCACAGCAUCAACCAGUCAAAUCUUGGGCAACAAUGAAUGCUUCGAGCCUUACACAUCGAAUAUCUACAGCAGACGAGUACUGAGUGGCGAGUUCGUUGUAGUCAACAAGCACCUUCUCAACGACUUGACUGAUCUGGGCCUGUGGACCCAAGACCUUAAGAAUCAAAUCAUUUACCACAAUGGCUCCAUCCAGCAGAUUGAUGCCAUACCUGCGGGAUUAAAGAAAAUAUACAGGACAGUUUGGGAGAUUAAGCAAAGGGCAAUUGUGGACAUGGCAGCUGCGAGAGGUGCUUUCAUUGAUCAGAGUCAGAGUUUGAACAUUCAUAUGGACCAACCGAACUUUGGAAAGUUGACUUCUCUGCACUUCUACAGCUGGACCAAAGGUUUGAAAACAGGAAUGUACUAUUUACGGUCCAGAGCCGCAGCAGAUGCCAUCAAAUUUACAGUAGAUCAAAGUAGCAUCAAGACCAAGCAAGCAACACCUGCGGCAGCUAUUGCGGAAGAUCUGGAAGUGAAGUUGUCUCAAAUGGUGUGCUCUUUAGAGAAUAAAGAAGAGUGUAUGUCUUGCGGCAGUUAGGGGAAGUUUGGAUUGUAGCAUAGGUGUUCAUCGUCAUCAUCCCAUAUUCCUUAGUAGGUAGGACAAUGCGCAAUUGACCUCGAUCCUGCAGUGAAAAUUAGAAUGUAUCAUAACGAAGUAGCUUGUAUAUGCCUCAUUUUUAAGACGAAGUUCCAUUCUUACAA